AUGGUGAAUCAAACCCCCCACAUCGUCAUCCUAUCCUACGAUGAACAGAAGAUAAAAAAAUGCGUAUCAUAUUUGACAAGCAUAUUUGAACCCCUAGAAAGUUACGAAAAGGCAGAUACCUAUAACCUCAUAUUUGACCGGAAUAAUUCUCACACUGACAAUGGUUCCUCUUUCGCUUUUAAACAGAUUGCCAAGGUGGCCAUUGUAAAUAAGUACUACAGUGCCGAGGUUACUAUUUCUUCGUGCGUUAUUCAAACUGGAAAGAAUGACAUUCGUGUAGAGCCCAAUCCGCCAAAUGUGGAAGGGAUUGAUGAAGCAGAAGACUUGUCGCAGAAUGAGAUGAAGGAACUAGACGCUAAGGAUAUCCCCUGUGAAAGUGUCAUAUUCCUCUUUAGCAAUUUCAGCAAGAAGGAAAAAAAUAUCGUUAAUUUAAACCCAUUUAGGAAAUACGACGAGGAGUGUGUAGAAUACGUUAAGGAUCCAGAGACCCAACAAAUGAUACCAAAUGCUAAUUUCGAUUUUUCAAAUAUGUAUAAAGAUGUGGGGAUUAAAAUUGCCAUUUUCCCUUCAUCUCUUGAAAAAGACAAUAAAGAUAUUGUUAGCUUUUUUAGCGACUAUUUUAUUGAAUGCCUGUACAUAAAUUAUGAAUCGGAUUUCUUGGCACAAUAUGAUGAACACGCACAGGGCGAGGGGGAUGAUUCCAACUGUGCAGAUCAGGGAAAUCAAAAUGUAAAAGAGCAAAAUAAUAUAUUAAGAGAAUUUGAAGAACAAAAAGAUGAUGAAAGGUUGAUAGAAGCACUGCACUGCCAUAUGUGGAAGGGGUUGCAGAUUAAACGGGACAAUUUGAUCAUUCCACCUAGGGGUGACUUACCGUUGAGCGAAACCUUCAAGGGUGAUAAAACUGCGCCAAAUGCAGAGAAAACCUCCCAGAGUGAUAGAACUACUCCAGAGAAAGCAGCCAAAAUGGACCCAAACGAAACGGAGGCGAACGGUAAGAAGACUCCCGAAGGACAGAAAGAAGAACUCUUCAUGGAAAACUUCAACAAAAUUGUGGAAAAAAUGAGAAUAGCAAAAAUGCAAAAUCAAAAUUGCAGCAACCAUUCUGCACGGAGAAAAAAAGCAGAAGAAAUUAUUUUCGAACUACAGCAGUAUUUCUGUGACAUUGAUGAGGAGUAA